CAUUGGACAAGACCUAGCCCCACCGUGACAGCUCCAUUUCUUUACAACCAGACACCGCCUAUACUGCCAAUUGGCCAAGAUGGAAGCAGCUAUUAAGUGAAACCAUUAUCUAUGCCUCUCGAAGACGUGCGCUUACGUGGGGCUACAUCGCCAACUUCUAUGGAUGAAUUUGUGAAUAACCACGCCGUACCCUUUGUUGUUCAUAAAUCCCUAGCACCAUCGCAGGCUGGAAGCGGGGACUCCCACGUUCUCUACCGCACACAUCCGAGAAUCGCCUGGCAAUGAGGCAUAUCUUACUCGUCUCGAAGACCGGUGGUAUGAUCUCUGGAUGAAGCAUCGAGGCACAACCAUCCUGCCGGAUGACGAUCUCAAUAGUGUGACAAACUUCAACCUGAUUCAUCACCUCGAGUUCCUGCGGAGUCAUAUUGACAAGAAUGCUCUGCGAGUCGGUUAUGCCCAACCGCAAGGAAAUUCAAAUGCAGAGUUGAUCAUACCCGAUACCGUGGAUGAUCUUUUAUACAGCUUCGAAGUCAUUGAAGCCGCAACAACUGGCCCAGUGUGGGACUUCAUGUGGAAUGGUGUUGUUGAGGAGGGUCGGGAAAAGCGCUUAACCUCAUUGGCGUUCCUUGAUUCACUUAGCGAUUUGAGUGAAACGCCAGUCGAAGACGUGCUUGCGAUAGCAGAAUCUGCACUGAAGAUGGCACUUGGUACUCCUCUUGAAAACUACAAUGCGGAAGGGGCGUCGACUCUUCUGCGAAGUGCUGCAGAAGAACAUAUAGUCACAUCUGCCACGAAAGGUCUUGUCAGUCGUGGCAUCCUGUCUAAGCUCGUCCGAGAUCAUCAUAGACAAAAACCCGGAAGACAGCUGAAGAUUUCUGACGCGAAUCUAGCAGCUUUGGGGGGAUCUAUCAGUAGUGAUCUAUUCCAGGAUGCUGCAGGGCUCGAAGAAGAUCUCACGGCUGGAGAAAGUGAUACAUGGAGAGAGUGGCCUUUAACUGCGACAGACGGAGACUCGGCAGCUCUAAUCCAGCAUGUGUCCGACAAUAAGGUCGAUUUCAAAGUAGAUACGACUAAUGCUCAAGCCGCACGACCAAUGCUUGACUGGAAUAGUAAGAAAGCGGAUGAUGAUCAAAUCGAAACAUCACUUCAUGUUCAAUUCCGCGAUAUGUCGUUGCAGUCGUCAAGCUCACAGGCGACGCCGGUCAUCCAGUCCAUGGACAUUGAUUGUUUGGUCAGUAACGAGCUGCACACCUCCAAUGCAGUUCACGGACAAGCAGUGGAUGGAUCAGCUGCGUGCUGUCGAAGAGUGACCGAUAAUGGCGUAGUUGAUUGCACUGGGUGUUUGGAUGAGCAGUGGGCUAGUGUCGGCCCGACCUUCAGUGCAAAGGAAAUGGCCAUAGCACAUUCGGUCCUUAGUAUCGUCGGUCAAGCUGGGAGUCAAGGGUCUUCAAAGAUUGCUCUAGCAGAACGUACCAAUACUAGUAUGAAUGCAUUGUUACCGGUUAUCCAGCGACUAGUAGAACGUCCAUUACCGUUGCUGUACUGGGUCGGCUACUCUUGUGCAUACUUGGUAUCUGCAGCGCACAUCAAGACGUGGACAGUGACGUUACCAUCUGCGAUCCUUUUGAACAUUUUCCCGCGACGAUGGAUCGACGUUUCUGGCACCAAGCUUGUGGAGGUUUGGGAAGCAGCUCUGAGAGCCGCUAUAGGAGUUAUAGUCUUCCGACCAGGAAUUUCCCAGGCUGAACUUCGCUGGCGACUUCGAGGGGUAUAUGAUAGACAAGAAGUCUAUGACGUCCUUCAGUAUCUCCUAGAAACUGAGAUUAUCAAGACCUCGAUUGGUAGUCAAAUGGUUCCUGUGCUGGACGAGAGGGAGGAGAAGGAAGUUUUCUACUUCAUAAAUCAGUUGAAGAAGUGGUAUCGUCUCUAAUUGCAUCCCACG